UUUGAGGAGGCUGGCAGGAGGCUGUGAGCUCCCCACUCCAGCAGAUGGCAGAAAUACCUGCCCGCCCGUUUCUAGAGGAAACAGGACCGAGACGAAAAAGAUGAGACGACAGGCUAGCAGGCUAGCAGGAGGAACCUGGAACUGGUAGAAGAAGCGCAGGGCUCGGCUAUUCUCGGUGCUGGUGUGAGCUACCUUGUGGAUUAAGGAAGCCGGAGAGAGCGCAGUCCUGCGUGGGCUUCUAAUGGCAGCACGGCGCCGGCUCACGGGGAUGAGAGGAGAGCAGGCACUGCCCUCCUGGCUGCGGGCGCAGUGACGCGGUGAGCUCAGGAUGGCACAGGCAGGUUCGCAGCUGGACUUCCACAUCCUCCAAGACCUCAAACAGCGCUUCCCUGAAAUCCCUGAGAACGUUGUGUCUCAGUGUCUUCUGCAGAACAACAACAACCUGGACCUGUGCUGCCACCUGCUGGCUCAGGAGAGUAACAGAUACCUGUAUGAGGAGUACCACAGCCCGGAGGAGGUGCACCUGAGCCGAAACCACAUGCUGCACAUCAGCGUGGGUUACCCUCCCCAGGAGGGGGCAAAGGGGAACGCGGUGGGCGCGAGGCAGCUCGUGCACAGCUCUAGCGACGGCCACAUCGAGCCUCAGCGGGGGGCGUUUCCUGAACCGCACUCGGCCCCUGCGACUAUGGCGCCAUCGCCCGGAUACAACCCCUUUUUUAUGGGCGAUCAAGGACGCUCCGCUAGCACCCCUACCCCUCCGCCAACCAUGCAGGGCAUGUCCCCUACCUACACCCCUGUCCCCCAGCGCUACAUGACCCCCAUCACAGUCACCCUCUCUCAGAACAUCCCUAACGUCCCACAAGCUCUGCAGAUUCCCCCUGGUGCAUAUGGUAACAGUGGUAAUCCUCUUUACAUGCGCCCCUCGCCCUCGCAGAGCCCCCAGCCCGCUCCCUGGGGCACGUCCGGGGCACAGGUAUACCAACCCUCACCCUACACCACACCUCCCACUUACCAGUCGCCCUACAGCUCGCCCCAGCAUCAAGUCCAGCAGCCCCCGCAUGUCUUUCUACCCAUCAGCCCUCCUAAUCUGUCCAGCAUGCCCUACCAGCAGCCUGUCUCCUACAGGCCCUACAUGACCUCAAAGACCUCAAUGAAGAACCAGAUCGAGAUCACGCUGGAGGGAGGACGGCCCCGGAGCAACUCCCCCGUGCAUGCUCCACAGGGGGCGCUCUACAUGGCCACAAGCCCCUCCCCAAGCUCACCGUCCAGGGCAAUAAGCAUGACCGGUCCUCCAGGGCCAGCGUUCCACCCUGGAGUGUACCUCCACCAAGGGGCAGCACGGCCUCGGCCCGCCUCCUCGCCCCAACCUGCGAACUCCGCCUAUAUCAAGAUCAAGGUGUCGCCCGGUCAGGCCCAGCGCCUCCCGGAGUCGCCACCGGUGGAGACGGAGUCGCUCCUCAACAUCGUAGACCAGGGUGAGAACCAGGGCACUCCGGCCCCCAUCCUACCCAUCUCUGCUCUGCCCAGCAACAUCGCCAGCCACAUCGCCCACAUGCCCAGACGCUCCAGUUCGGGCUCGGACGACUAUGCUUACACUCAAGCCUUGCUGCUUCACCAGCGGGCGCGGAUGGAGCGACUGAUGAAGGAGCUGUUAGCUGAGAGGCAGAAGCUGGAGCAGCUGAAGGGAGAGGUUAACGAUAUGGAGUAUGAUGCCCUGCAGAGACGCUUCAGACGUGUCAACAGCACCAGCUUCAUCCCACGGCCCGAAGAAAUGACCAGAAUGAGGACGCAGAACAGACAGCUCCAGAUUGACAUUGAUUGCACCUUGAAGGAGACAGACCUGCUGCAAUCGAGAGGCAAGUUUGACCCAAAAGCUAUGAACAACUUUUAUGACAACAUUCAGCCUGGUCCUGUUGUUCCACCAAAACCAGGGAAAAAAGAUGGAGGAGGGCGGAAUGUGAAGCCUUCGGUGGAGCCGCAGCGGGACGAGGACUUCGAGGGUGCUCAGUGGAACUGUGACAGCUGCACUUUCCUCAAUCACCCGGCUCUGAACCGCUGUGAGCAGUGCGAGAUGCCCCGCUACACCUGAAACCCCGCCUGCACCCCGCCCCCAAGCUUCACACAAACCCCGCCUUCUCUUCUGAUCUCUGAUUCAUCAUCAUCAUACCACUUCUGGGCUCUGCCUGUGUUUCCCCUUUUAGCCCCAACCAGCAAUAACUGAGCCCGAUCCUGCCCUGCUGAGGAAGAGCCACACCCCUUAAUUAACCUUAAAUCUGUGUGUCCAAUCAAGCUCCGCUCCCUCCAGCCCCUCAAGAAGGCCCAUGCACUUGUUUUAAUGUUUUUUUUUUUUUGUUUUGUUUUUUGUUUCCUACUGAAAAACGACGCUUUAAAAGAGGGACGGAGGGAGCCUCGAUCUCCAGACCAGCAGACUGAAGGGACCGGUCGGCUGUGGAGCAGAACGAGAAUGGAUCUGAGGAUUCAUUAAUUAAUUUUCGGGUUUUUAGGAAGUGGGAGGAGGAGCCUCUAGGACGGCGCCAGGUAGGCGUGCCGCACCGAGCUACCAUUCCAACCAGAACGAUAAGGCCAUGUUUACAGGAAACCGAGCCCGAGCUGACCGCACGCGCAUGGCUGCACUUCCACCAGAUCAUGGGACGAUGUAAUGAUUGGAAGCAGGGGUUCGAUUAAUCUUAAUGUAGACUUCACACUGUACACUGUAUCCACACUGUACACUGUAUCCGCUCUCCGAGAGCUCCUCUUUUGAAUCAAGAACACUAAGAGACAUGCAUAUGAAUUAUAUCCUACCUGGUACUUUUAUGCAUAUUAUGCCACACUGUAUUCUGUGUUAAGGUGUUGAUUUCCUGUGCAAAUGCCUCAAGUUGCUGUACUUAAUAAAGGAGUUGAUUCUA